AAUUGAGAAAGUAUUUACAUCGUUGCUUUAAGAAUAAAAUAUUGAGAACGAAGUAAAUAAAAAAAAAAUAAGCUAAAUAAGUCAUAACGGAAAAGCAGAGUGAAAAGAAUGAAAGUAAAUUUAUUUGAAUAGAAACUUCACUUACUUUGCUAAAAUUAAACAUAAAAUUUCUAACGUCCCAAGCAAAGGAAAUACUAAGAAGAUUACCAUACCAAGUGAAAUUAUAAAGGAUUUCUUUAAAAACAAAAACAAAUAAAUAAAUAAAUAAACAAACAUUGCAAACAAUUUUCUAAAAAUGUCAAAAUUUGUUAAAGCAGUAAUCGUCGCUUCAUUCCUUUUAACAAUCGUCUGCAAAAGUCCAGGAGCAGGCUACAAGCACCUACAAUGUUGGCAUUGUAGUUCCGACACUAAUGGAGCCGAGGAUUUCUGCGAUACUGAAUUCAAAGAGAGUAAUAUACCUACAGAUUUGCUAGCUGAGCGCAAUCUAAGUGUGAUACGUGUUUGCAAUAGCACCAUUCAUUCAGAACACGAGCGAGCGGUUUGCCGUAAGACUAUAGAAGAAAUGAAUGGUAAAACGGUCACUAAACGUUUCUGUUACUACACGAACAAGUCGGAUCCUUUGGAUCAUUGCAAUACUGAAAUUAUUGAAAAGAAUGUGCGUCGAAUAUUUUGUCAGGAUUGCUUAAGCGAUAAAUGCAACGCUGCCCACAAACAUGAUCUCAACAAAAUGGCUGCCACUUCCAUUACUUUAAUCAUUGCUAAAAUAUUUUUAGCUUAAAUUAUUUUUAUUUUUUUGUGUAAAGUAAAAUGUUUUUUUUGUUGAAUAUUUUCAUAGGUAUAAUUAACUAUAUAGUUUAUUUAAGAAAUUCAUAUGUGAUACAAUUUUUUGUUUCCUAUUUUAUUUAUUAUUACUAAUAGUUUGUUUUACAUGUGUAUAUAUAAAUAGAAUCUAUUUACUCUAUGUGCACAAUUCGUUCUAAGACUUCAGCAAGAUGAACACUUCAAUUUGAAACUUCACCUUUUAUCGUUUUUAAUUAGGGCAAGGCACGAAUAAGCGCAAAAAAAUAUCUAUUUCCUUUCUUAUGUACUUUUUCUCUUCUCUAAUUUCUUCUUUCCCCCCAAACUAUGUAAAAAAAUUUUAACGCGAAAAACUUCUGAGAAGUUUUACUUUAAUUGAGUUGAAUUUUAUAAUUCUUGUAACUAAAGCAUUGAGCACAAUGAAUACAUUUGCAUCUCGCAUCUUGUAGUUAAAGUGUGAUUCGAUUGUAUGUGUUUAUAUGUAAGUGAACAUACGAUUUACACUUGCUUUGUUGGAGUAAAAAACUUAGGUAAUAAAAUAUCUCGAAAAGUACCAACUGUAGCUUAAACGCAAGGAACCAUAACAGACAGACAAGCUUCAGAUUCACGAAAGUGAUUCGGAAUCCCUCGGCACAAUAAAAGAUGGAUUUAUCUCAAGUUCCUCUGGGUGUCGUAUACGGGUGGCGCUAUAACCCGAUAACCCGUUCGUUCGACUUAUCACCUUUACCAAGUAUUUUUCCUAUCGUACUUUUAUAAAUUUCUCAACAUCUCCUGGGCAGUUGUACAAAAAAGAAAAACUCGUCUUAUCUCAGCACUGGAGAGUAUGUGUAUAUUCGUUUUGUUCCAGAAGAGAGCUUCAGAGAUCCUACUCGAUCAGCAUAAAAUUCUUAAUCAGUGUCCGUCCCUUUGUCCGUCUGCGUAAUGUCUGUGCAAAAUUUAGUUUGUGGUAAACUUUCCUCUGGCCGUGCAUAUGACAACACCGGUUUCCAAUUUACAUAACACUAUUGCAAGAUUUUACUCGCAAAUUGAUGCUGGAAAAAGGCGAAAGAGCACAUGUAGAGCACAACAUCCCUUUUUUGCGAAAACCAAAAAUCGGAGCUUGUGCUUGUGUGCAUAAAAAAGGAUACAAGAGCAAUGAUCUUCAAGUAUACGGGAUGGGUAACCGCGGAGUGCAGUGUCUGUGGAAAAACGGGAAAAGUCCGCCAGGCUCACCUAAAAUUUCAGGCUGUUGAAGCUUGAUUUUUUAGGACCUUUUUUAAGCACUGGCCGUAGAAAAGAUUCAACUACAAUUUUCUUACUUUCUUUGGUUAUUACAAUGUUUUGAAAAAAGAAAAGUGAACAUGUUGUCACGAAAUUUCAACGAACGUUUCAUCUCAAUACACUUAAACAAAACUCAAUCGCAUGGGGAGAUACUUUCGAAAUAUGUAACAGUAGAAUAGAUAGAUAACAAUAAAAUUGAAUUUCACAUGACUGGACUUGUUUGACUAAAGCAUUUAUGUAACUCAUUUUAAUUUCUUUUUUUUUUUUAUCAAAGCAUUAAAUUUAGCAUUUCAAAACAUUAAGUAAGUAAAUAUAUGUUACAUCAAAUAAGUAAACAGCAUAUAGAUAUGUCAUGCUGCUUCAUUUACCAUAACUAUACAAAAUAUUUAUGUAACUGUAUUUACAAGUAUUAAAACAACUGUCCAAUAACUUUAAGUCACAAAAUAAAAUCUACGAAUUGUUGCAUUUGCACUUUAAAUCCACACACUUUGUCGAAUAAUAAGCUAUAAUCCCAUGAGGUAAUGCGUUGUUUCAUAACAAAAACUGAGGUUAUACUAAACUUGAGGCGAAUUUUUACACACCCAUCACUUAUGGAUUACGUUUUCGAAAAACUU